AUGUUAUGGUGGAAACAACUGGAACGCUUCCAAGAAGCUGUAAUAAUGAUUGAAAGGGAAGAGCAGGGGCAAACAUUCACUGAAAAUGCAACUCUUACACUUCCCUUACCCAGCAGGGACCCAGUUUUAAGAGACAACCUGUUAAUAGCUAAUUUAGACCAAGUAAAGACUCUGCAGGCGUCUUUGUUUCCUAUUUGUAACAAAGGAACUUUCAUUUCUAACUUCCUUCAAAACAAUAUAAAAACGAAUCAACUAGAAAUUAAUACAGAUAUAAAGACAUUUAAAACGACUGCCAAAUUAAAAGAACCUAGAGACUUAUUUGCUUUGCCAAAGGAGCUAGACUGUCCGCAACAAGCACCACGGUGGCCUUCAGAAUGUCAGGUUAUCGAAGAAAGAAUACAACAUAUAAACUGGAGUCCAGCAUCACCGGAGCCAUAUUAUAUCUCUACAGGGAAAGAGUUGAAACCGCAACCCGUUGGAGAGGAGGCGGGAACUGUUAUCUUUCAAUAUUAUCCCAUGAGCGCUGUUAACUAUUUUAGUCGUUCAAGCGUUGGUGGAUCGCGACUUUUUCUAUCAGCAUGCACAAGCGCUGGAGGUGAAGAUGAACUGCGAUUUGAAUCACGAUUCGAAAGCGGAAAUCUCGCUAAAGCAAUAAAAAUAACAUCCGCUUAUUAUGAACUACAUCUUCGUACCGAUCUAUAUACAAAUAGACAUGUGCAAUGGUUCUACUUCAGAGUAACAAACACUAAAAAGCAAAUGAUGUACAGAUUCUCCAUAGUAAAUUUAUCAAAGCCUGACAGUUUAUACAACGAGGGCAUGCGACCGUUACUGUAUUCGACCAAGGACGCACAACUGCAUUCUAUUGGCUGGAGACGAUGCGGCGACAACAUUGCGUAUUACAGAAAUGAUCCGACAUGCGAAGAAGAAGAACAAUAUCCGAGUUACACUCUAACAUUCAACAUAGAAUUUCCACAUUCAGACGACGCUGUGUACGUGGCCCAUUGCUACCCAUACACGUAUUCAGAUUUACAAGAAUAUUUAUCAAGGCUGCAAGCUCAUCCUGUAAAAUCGACAUACGCAAAACUAAGGCUCUUAUGCCGAACACUUGCAGGGAAUAAUGUUUAUUAUCUAACGGUGACUGCACCCCAAAACCCUAACGAGAUGGAACAAAGGAGGAAAAAAGCUGUCAUAGUAACAGCAAGAGUACACCCUGGAGAAACUCCCGCGUCUUGGAUGAUGAAGGGUUUUAUGGAUUUCGUAACUGGGGACUCAAAUCAAGCACGAGAAUUAAGGGAGAAAUUCAUAUUUAAGUUGGUGCCUAUGCUGAAUCCAGAUGGCGAGGAGUGUGGUAUUGCGAUGUAUGUUGAUCUUCAUGCUCAUUCACGUAAACAUAAUAUUUUCAUUUACGGAUGUGAAAGUAGACGAAAUUCAGAUAAACGUCUUCAAGAACAAGUGUUUCCGCUUAUGCUACAUAAAAAUGCUGCAGAUAAAUUUUCCUUCGAGAAUUGUAAAUUUAGAAUUCAACGAAGUAAAGAGGGCACAGCGAGAGUAGUUGUUUGGAUGUUGGGAAUAGCUAACAGCUAUACAAUGGAGGCAUCUUUUGGUGGGUCUGAGCUUGGUAGCAGGAUGUCAACACAUUUCUCUGUUCAGGAUUACGAAAGCUUAGGAAAAACGUUUUGUGAAACUUUGCUUGAUUUUUAUGACGAAGAUCCCAGUAAGGAAAGAUUAAGAACUAAAAUCGUUACAAGGCUUUUACAAGAAGGGUCUAACGCCGACGAACCUACUAAUAUAGACCUUUCAGACUAUUCAAGCGACGAAGGAGACACUUCUAGUAGCAGUUCCGAAGCUGAAGCGCCCAGAAUAAAACAUAAUGUCCCACAAUCGGCUCCGCCGCCUUCUCCCAUACUUCCAGAGAUUAAUAGACUAAAUGAUAGAUCCAGAAGACCGCUCAAUAAACUUGAAAAAAUAAGCAAAGCUGAAAGAAGAAAGACUAAAAGAGAAACAUUACAAGUGUCAAGAGCGACAAUAGAUCUAACAUCAGAUGCAAUGACUGAUGUGUCGUCGGAAUGUGAAUCAUUUGGUGAAAAUCUCAGUCCACAAAGAAAAGUUCAUAAACUGUUACGUCCAUCAAACAAGAAUAAGCCAAGACGGAAAAAGAAAAUGCCCCCCGAAUUAAAAAUUAUUCCCGUACCGACAAGUGAUUCACCGUUCAAUUCUGAUCGAGAAAAAAAGCCAAAAAGCAGGAGACCCCGAAGUGUGUCCAUGUUUAAUGAGACAAAUGAAAAACCUAAAUUGAAACCAGCUUCAUGGCAUCAAUUCAAACGUUUACCACCACCUAGAUGCCUACUUGAAAAUAAAUGUAGGAAAACACAAGAGUCUGAAUUACAAGUAAAAUUAAACUCCCUGAAGAAAAAUUUUUGGACUGGAUUACAAGAUGAUGAAAAGGGACCUUUAUCAUGGGGUAUAUCAAGUUUUGGAAUGAACUCUUACUUCACAGAUAGUGAAGCUUUACUUAGGUCAUGUUCAAAAAAGUUAGAAGAACUUGAGGAUGAAAAAAGGAAAAGUAAAGAUAAAAAAAAGAAAAAGAAAUCAAAACCAAAAAGGAUCUCUAAUAAAGCAGCAACAGACGAUUCUUUAGAACCAAUAACUAAAAUGAAUAAAAACCAUAAAAAGAAGGGAAAGUUAAUGUAUUCAAAAUCAGAGAUUACACAAUUGAACAACACCAGUUUUACAGAAGUACCUAGAAACACUCAGCAAUCAAUCCAAAAACCAAGUCUAACAGAAACAAAACAAAAAGCCUUUAGGAAAGGAGCCUAUGUAGCUACAGCAAUCCAAUCAAGGAAAUCAAAAGUAAAGGAAACAAAAAUACUAAGCGACAACUCUGACACAGAUGACUCACUGCAGGUCAAUAAGAAAACUAAAAAGAAAGUGAAGAUUCCAAAAAGCAAAUUACAAAAAGGAUCAUCUGAAAAUAAAAUGUUAAAAGCUUAA